UUGCCUUUUCCCCCGAAGAAGCAGACCACCACCACCUCAUUCAAUCAGCAGUCCUCAUUUUCUCAGAGGGGGAAGGGAGGAAGCGGUUGCGUGUUCGCGGAGAAGCAGAGACCAAACCCUCUCCUCCUCGCGCGGGCACCGGGCGGAGAGGGAGGAGGGGCGCGCGGAGGACGAAGGCCGCCAGCAGCCAGCCGCGUCGACCCGAGCCGCCGGCCAAGAGGAAGAGGAUACUAAGGAUCUACGGCACGAAGACCAGGCCGCCCUUCACUCUCACCUACAAACGAUUGGCUACCGGCGGUGGCGCUCCGAGAUGCCAUCCUACCUAACAGCAAGCAGCCAAGCAGCAAUCAUUCAACAGUAGCACAAGCAUUCAAGGUCAAGCGAGCAGCAGGAACACAAGGAUUCAAAGAGCAGCACAACAUAGGUAGCAAGCAGCAGCAGAUCAGGUAUUCAAAGAGCAGCAGCAGCUCAAUGGAAGAAAAUCAGAAAAAAAUAUGAAAAGGUUGGAGAGGCUGCCGGGAUUGGGAACUUGGUUACCUGCCGUUGGGAGGAGAGGCUGCUGGAGCUGGGUAGCAGUCGCUGGUAGAGUCCAGGCGUCGACGGUGGCAGCAGCGAGUCCAGGAGGCGGCGGUGGCGGCCCAUUCGCUGCUGCCUGCGAGGCUGUGGGCAGCUUGUUCUUUUGUGGAGAGCGUGCGUGCGACACCUGCAAAAUAGGGUUUGGUAUUGGGCUGUAGCUGUUUUUCGGCUGACAGUGUCCCCAAUGUAUCAUGCACGUAUCCCAGCCGUGCCCCUGUAUUUUUAUUUUUUUUAAUUCGCAAAUUGUGGGAUACUGUGGGAUACGUGUAUCCUGGCGUAUCCUCGUAUCCUGGUGUGUCAGGACGGCCAAUGGGCAAGUUUUGCUGUAUCAAUCCUUCUUAGAUUACCCAGGUACAUUAUUCAGUUGAUGCUGCCAGAUAGGAUGGCUAGUUGAUCAUGUUUGACGAGUAAAGUGUAUUUUUCACCGUUCUUCUUAGUUCCUACUCUUUCAGUUCAUGAAACCUGUAUGUAUUUGACCUGCCCACUGAAGCCCUUGGAAAUUUUCUUGAUUCCUACCUAAAAAUACAUUCAUGAAAUGAGUUGUUUGUGCUCCCAGUUCGACAUCAGGCAACUCUUUUGUUUCUAUUUAUUUGUUUUUUGCUAGCAGUUUUUUUUUCCUGGAUAACAGAAACCGGUAAAAAUGUACUCUCAAAACCAUCCACACACUAUGUAAUACGAGCUAUCUGAAUUUUGAUCAUUUAUGUUUGAUUUUUGUUGCUCAAAAAUCAGGUCAGCGCUCACAAUUUCUUGUAUAUGUGAGAAUGAAGAGUAAGAAUGCUGCAUCUAAAUUUAUAUAAUGGAAAUAUAGUUUAUGCUGUCUCUAAGUGAUCACAGAAAAAGAUCAUGUGAUAUGUAUAACUUGUGCUAGAUCUCAGCCUUCAAGUGUACCUUCAUCGUGUGAUGCUAUUACCGUUAGAUCAUGGAAGGUACUCUUCCAUUGUGCCAUCGACACUGGUUGUUUAUAUGUUCCACCCAACAGAGCAUACAAGUUGUACAGCCUCGGAUUAUUCUUAGAGGCAGAAAUGCUUUAUAUGUUAAGAGCACACCACUGAUGUCCUUUCCUUUGAUGAUUAUGCAUGAAAUUCUACAUCACUUGCUGCAUCUUCAGGUAUUUAUUUUUGACGUUUUAAGCACCAUCUAUAAAGUAUUUUAUAUAGUCAGCAAUGGCAAACAAACCGUUAUUUCUUAUGGUGGAAAUGCAGGUUAGAGUGAGAUUCGGCUUCCAAAAUAGCCACAUUCUUCAAAGCAGCGAUUAAGAUUUGUUAGAGUUGGAGUUCAAUAUUUGGGGCCAUGAUUCCAUUUCGUUGUUUGUUUGACUUCAACUUGGGCAAUUGUGGGAAUUAGGUUGGGUAAGCAAUUGCCGUUUUCUCCAAUUAUCUGAUGACCUGGUACCCAGGUUAGUGAAUAGUUUGAGAAAUAAUAUAAUUACAGAUUUAAGCUGAUAACUAAGUUAGAAGCUAGCCUUGUGCUAAACUUUAUUCCAUGGCUGCCACCGCCUUUUUCGUGGUCACAAACCCUUAACAUGGGUACUGCCAUUCAUACUACCUUGCCUUUAGCUUCGAUGUUUUUUUUUUUUGGCCUUUCUUUCUCUAGCUCCUCCAGCUUAUUUGCUGUUCCUACUAAGCCUUGAAACAAGGGAAGUUUAUUUAUUGUGGAGGAUGAUAGCUUUAGAUCCUUCGAAAUAUUAGUAUAGUCAAAAGUCUUGUUUCCCUGUGCGUAAAUACCUUUUCAUUUGGACUGAGCUACUAAUAAUAUUGCAGGUACUAGUUGAUCCUGCGAAGUAAAGGAAAAUUUUAUUUUCUUUCUUGACUUGAUUUACCAAAAUCAAGCUCACAUUAAGGUCAAACAAUCGGGCACAUUGGGCUCCUUGAUUCAUUUUGCGAGUACUAUGUGCUGACUGCUGCAGUCAAAUGGAAGAGCUCUUCAGUUGACAUGUGAUUUGAGAACCUAUUUAGCCUCAGAAAGAGCAUAUGCUCAAAUCAAUGUAUUUUGUCCUUAGCGUGAGGGAAGGUGAUACCUAUCGCAAGAUCUUAAGCAUACAAGUCAGGCUUUCCAAUGCGGUUUCUGGAAGUGGUACCUCUUCUGGGAACUGGAAAAUUAUACCUAACUGCUGCCACACUUAGCACAUAGUAUGUUUAGAUUACUGUGGUGUGUUCCAUGAACUUCAUGGACUAAGUACGUUGGUGAUGGUAUAUGAACCAGUGCCCAUUGUUAACCUGCAUAGAAGGAUUUCAUGAUCACUUGGAGUAUUAAUUGGAGCAGUGCAAGCAUGCACUUCAUACAAGAACCAUCAAUUUGCUUGUCAUGGUUUGGAUGGUUAAUUUACCAAUAGAUGGGUGUAAAAUCUGGAAAAGGAACGUAAGACCUAAUGGUUCCUACCAAAGUAGUUGAUCUGAAGGUGCUUUUCCAAGAAGAAAUCAGCUUAAGACGUAGAACUGGCUGUGGUGAGGGUAGGUGUACCCUUGAAACAAGCUCAGUUAUUGUGUUGAGAGAAUGUAUUUGCAGAUAGCCAUUUGAUGGGAAAAUGAAAGGAGAGAAAGGCUAGUCAAACAUAAAUCAAUUGAUGUUGGAAACAAGAUGCAUCUACAUAUAAGCAGAACAAAAGGGCACACCAGCUUCAUGGAGGAACCAAUAUCACACAUAUGUUAUCUAUUUAAAUGGGCCAUGUUUCUACAUGACAUGCUAUGUCCACUGCCUUGACGAUAUUUCCGGCUCGUCUGGAGCUGAUAGCUAGCAUUACCCUUAUGUCUUAGACAUCCAAUUAUUUUACAUUUUGAUAGUAUUAUGUACACUAUCCAUCUCUCCCCUUGAUGUAGCUCAUUAUGACAUGAGCUCAUCUCAUGCUAUGUAAAGUUUGAAUUUUCAGUCAGAUAAUUCUUAUGCUUGCUAGAAUGUAAAUAUGAUAACUGUACUAUUGGAAGAGUGUUGUCACAAAAAAAAUCAGUAAUCUCUUUCAACUUCUUUGGCUACUUGUUGUAUUAUCAUUUUUGCAAUGCUUGCUGUAGUUUACGCUGUUUGAGAUUAUUUACCUAGUGCUUGCCAGAGGUUUGGGUGUUAUCUUUCUUACCUGUCAUGGCAAAAUGUAUAUCAGAAAGCUGUUUUUCUUGCUUCUUACUCAAAAGUACAGGAAAUUUGUUUGUGACACAAUCCUAAUGCUAUCCAUUGUAUAUAUACUGAUAUCAUGUGCUCUAUCACUUCGUUAAAAGACAAAUGUGGUCCUCAUAUGCUACUUAUCCUGUGUGAAGUUGGAAAUAUAAUCAUAUGAAAUUGUAAACAUAGUGCAAAUAGUUGUUUUUGACCUUUUGGUAUGAAGUCAAAAUAUCUUCAACCAGGUGUGUUUACAUUCCAAAAAACAAACAGACAUGCUUUAAUAAUUUGCUCACAAAUAAUCACUAAAAUAUACUCCCUCCGUUCCACAAUACAUGCCUUCCAUUUGUCAAAAUAUAGAUGUAUCUAGACGUGCUUUAGUAUAUAGGUACAUUCAUUUUUGGACAAAUGGAAGUCAAGUAUUUUGGAAUGGAGGGAGUACAUGCAUGCGAGCAACAUUUUCUUAAAGUUAUCACUUUAACUGACUGCACUUUGUUUCAUUUCAAGUUUCUAUCCUCCCACCAUCUUUCAUUAUCUUUGAAUGCAACCAAAAUUCUACCAUGGCUGCAAGUAAAAUUUCUGUGGAACUUUGACAUGGAUUGUAGAUGUAAUAUUAUAUGUAAGAUGGAUAGUCUGCAGCUGGAGCAGCAUUAUCAGCAUCAUAUGGAUAUACUGCAAAUUAGUUCUAAAAAUAUGCCAAUCAUUCAGAUGCCAUUAAUAUAAAGUUCAAAAGAUGAAACUUCAGAUUGUUUUAACCAGUCAUGUAGUCUGUUGUGAUUUUCUUGCCCCUGGUGCUGCCACGACCUUGGCUGUCAUUAUACUCUGAUACUUAACUUGAGUAACAGUGCAGUUUUUUGAGCAGUAACUGUACCUUAACUGAUUGGUAUGCAAAACCAUUGAUAUUGCUUUCUCUGGUUUAAAAACACAAUUCAUAUUUUGUUGUCAAAAUUUGCUCUGGCUUUAUCAUCUCAGCAGUUUGAGUUCUUUUGCUUUGGCUUCUGAUGUUUUCAGCCACAUUGAAUAGAGAAAAUUAGCUCAGUACAGUUUCAAGGCCAUAUAAAUGGGAAACUAUCGACUAGUAUAAGGAUGACAUGUGGUAUCUGAGGACAUGUCAUUAGUUAUAUAUUGGAUAUAUGGAUUGUAUUUUCCAACUCAGUGAUCCCUGUGAUGGUACUGAGCUAUAAUGUCCAAUUAAGUAACUGCAUUGCCAUUUGAUGAAUCAUUUGGCUUUGAUUAUCUCAGAUCCGUGUGACUCUAAUCUUACUUCCCACAGUUCUAAGGUCUGAAAUGCUUGUAUUUUGUCCCUUAAGUUUAUGCAUUUGUGAUGCUUCAUGCACUCACUUAUAAAUGUUAUCCCAUUUGCAGCUGCAACUUGUUUAACCGAAGUACUAAUACUGUGCCUCAAAAUUUCCAGAUUAAGCAAACAUCUGAUCAGACUGUACAUGAGUCAUGGCUGGGCAUCAUUAUCACAAUUCCCAGAUUUCAAGAAUGGAUCGUACGAACCAGCCACGUAAUGAACCUCCGCCUUUUGGUCAAAAGUUAUUUAUGCAUCCUAGAGGUGAUGCACCUAAUGGAGCGGGACCAUCAGGUUAUGGGGUUACAACUGUGAGAUCUAAUGAACUUCCAUCCUCAAGCUACGCCGGUCAGUCUUAUGGUCAGCAGAUGGGAGCCCCUGGAACCUUGCAUGCUUCCCAUGCUGGUUAUCCUCCUGCUGGAAGCUCUAGUAGCAGCUAUGCACCAUACAAUACUCAACACGUGCCUUCUUUAAGCUAUCCGAAUAGAUCGGAGGAUAGUUUUAUUCCUGGAGUCCAUGUGGAUGACAGAAGGGUUGCACCGAAGCGGAGAAAUCCCAUCACUCAUCCUGUGGAUGGUGUAAGUGCUGGAGGCUAUUAUCCUGGCAGUUCUUCCAAUAAUCAGUUCUCUGGUUACGUGCCCCUGAAUCCUGUUCCUACUCGUGAAACUUGCCCUCCACAAAUAAGUUCAAACAUGGGUUCCAGCCACUGGAACGAUCAUCAGUUUCUUAAUCAUGAAGGAUCUCAGAGGAAUGUGAGGGGACGCCAUGAUCAUAGUUCUAUCCAUUCGGAAUAUAAUUCAUCUACAGCUUGCCCAUCAAGCAGUGUUCAUGUGCCACCAUACCAUCCAAAUGCAAAUGCUCCUUUUGGAAGUGCACCAGUACAGCGGGAAAGAGCUCCUUUAUCUCUACCUCCCAGAAUUGUUCCUCCAGGGACAGAUGGAAGCACUGGCAUAGCAUUCAGAGAGAGGCCAUUCUAUCCUGCUCCACAGAGCACCAACAUAAGUGCUCCUGUGCCAACACUUCCUGGUUCUUCUGACGUUGCACCAUUUGCUCACAUUGGAUACACUCCUAGACCAGUUCAUCACAACGCUGGCCACAAUUAUCCACCGCCAGCUUUUACAACUUCUUCCAACUCUGGAGCAGUUCGGUGUGAGCCUGCUAACCCUCGCUAUCAACCUUCCAUGACCAGCUAUCCUCCUGCUACUGCUGCAGCAUCAUCAAGUGUCCAGCCAUUACAUGCCGAAGCUGCUGCAUCUUUUAGACAGCCUAGGCACGUCUCUGUAGGGCAUGGUGGUAGUACAAGGAGUAGAAGGAUGAGGGAUUCCUAUCAUUGUUUUCAUCCUUUGAUGAUUGAGGAGAAUAACCUAGGAAGAUCGGCAGCUGAGCGUUUUAUGAUGCUGGACCAGUUGGUCAUCCAUGAGUCUAGAGAAGCAUUAGAUCCUCACUGGGACAUGAGACUGGACAUUGAUGACAUGAGCUAUGAGGAGCUCCUGGCGUUGGAAGAACGAAUUGGCAAUGUAAACACUGGCCUGGCUGACGAAAAAAUCUCAGGCUGCGUGAUGGAGCUAGCCUGUCGUAAUUCUGCCCGUACACAGAAUGAUCAAGACAAGGAAAGAUGCAUAAUUUGCCUGGAGGAAUACAAGCACAAGGACUCCCUUGGGAAGCUGAAAUGUGGGCAUGACUUCCAUGCGGGCUGCAUCAAGAAGUGGCUGGAGGUGAAGAACGCCUGCCCGGUUUGUAAAGCCGACGCCGCAAAUGAAACCACUUGAGGGACCAAGUAGUGCGCCCCUCCACAUUUAUCAUAGUUCAGGAAUUUCAGUUAUAUCUGCUCAUUGUGCCGCUCAAGUUGGCUGUGUAAAUAAUAAUUAAAGUCCUAAAGUUAGGAUUCUUUUGUGAACUCAAAACAUCGUGCCCGAUGUAAGUAUGAAUCUUUAAGCAAGUUAUGGAUUAAUUA